UUUUCCUUUAUUUUUUCCGCCGUUGCACAGCUUCCCUGUGUGUACCUCCCCAAACCCCACUUCAUUCCGAUCCAUUCCUCAUACUAAUAUUUAAUCUUUGUUUUUACUGUUAUCCUUCCGGAUUUCUACCUACAUGUUCAUAAUGAUGUGCGUUUGAUUUUUAUUUUUUACUUUUGCCUUUUUCAAUGUUGAAUACCCCAACUCAGUUUCUUCUGAAAUCCGAAUUUUUUGUGGAAAGCUUCUUCUUGAUCUGAUUUCAUUCACCCUCAUAUCCUUGAGAAAACCGGUAUCCAACACUGACCUGCGGAAGGUGUUCAAUUUUAUUUGGCUUGGGGAUCUGAUGCUGUAUUUUCUAUCACUUGUAUUGAGCUUGGUGCAACUUUGACACAACUGCUCACUGGAGUUGUCAAUAUUUGAUAUUAUCCACUUAUGGAGGAAGACAAGAAGAAGAAGAAAAACAAGAAGAAGAAGAAUAAGCAGGCUACUAAACCGACAGAAAAUGUCACACUUGAUGCCAGGGAAUCAGCGUCUGGUAGUCAAGGCCAUGUUUCAUACAUAGGCCAAGAGAACGGUCAAGUUUCACGGACUAUAGAAAAUGAUACUGGAGGGCACAUAGUUGUAGAUAGGGAUGAGCAUCUUGCUAAUGGACUUGAAGGAACAAAUUUGGCCAAAGCCGAGAAACAGUCUUGGCUGGACAAAGAAGCUAGCUUUCAAGAAAAAAUUAAAGAACUGCAAGCAGAAAAGAAUGCACAGACAAAGAAAGAGGCUCUCCUUAAGGAAAAAAUCAACCAGUUGCUGAAUGAAAAGGAUGAAAAUUCACAAAAAGAGGCAAGUCAAAAAGAAGAAAUCAAACAAUUACAUAUUGAAAAGAAUGCAUCAAUGCAGAACGAGGCUAGCCUAAAGGGGAAAAUUAUUCAAUUGGAAAAGGAAAAAAACAUAAUAAUCCAAAAAGAGGGUUGUCGAGAACAGAAAAUUCAACGAUUGCAAAGGGAAAUGGAUGCUCACCUGCAGAAAGAGGCUAGCCUGGAGAUGAAAAUUCUACAACUGGAGGAUGAAAAGAAUUCGUGGGUCCAGAAAGAGGCUGGCCUUGAGGAGAAAAUUGAUCGGUUGGUAGAAGAAGCUGCAUUUUUGAAUUUGAAAGGGGUGAGCUUACAAGAAAAGCUAAGACGGCUGGAAAAAGAAAGAGAUUCCUUGAUCCUGAAAGAGAACUCGGCCAAGGAAUCAAUUACCAGGCUGACCAGUGAUAACACUAAUUUACAAGCUCAGGUGACUGAGCUGGAGCUAUCAAGGGAGGGUCUCUUAAAAGAAAAGCAACAGUUGACUGAAAUUGUUUCCAGUCUAAAGUUAGAGAUCAACAAUCUUAAGAAUGCUGCUGGUUUUCCUCAGUCCUCUGAGAACAACAAAGCAACUUGUGAAGAUGGGGGCGUGAACUACCAGAUAGAAGCUGCACGCGCACUAGUUGAGAAACUGAUAUCAGAAAAUUCAGAGCUUGUUGUAAAGGUGAAUGAGUUGUAUGCUGAGCUUGACCGAAGUGGUGCAAGAACAGAAUAUGUUUUCUCUACUGGCUCUGUUCCAGGGGCUCAGUCUGCUGAUAUUGCUGGCGGCUCAGUUCUUAAGCCUGAUUGGGCAGUUGGAGCUGAUGAUAGGCACAGAACAGCUCAGGUUACUGAUUCUAUAUAUGAUGCUACUCAGAUGAUGCCUUUCUCUGGCAGCAACCAAUCUUUGGAAGAUAUCAUGAUUGAAGAUCAGAGGAACAGCAAGCAUGUGAAUCAGAAUGGUGACAGUGAACUUGCAAAAUUUGUAGAAAUAUCAGAGGCUGAUGAAAUUGUGCAAAUUCCAUUAGAUGAGAAUGAAGUUAGGGAAACAAAUAUAGAAGUGGCUCAACUUGAUGAGGAGAUUGAUGUUCCGCUCACUGAUGCUCCAUUGAUUGGUGCUCCAUUCCGUUUAAUAUCAUUUGUUGCUAGGUAUGUCAGUGGAGCUGAUUUAGUCAAUAGGAGCACUUGAAAUUCAGGCUACUGAAACCCACCUCUGGCUUAUAACACUACUGUUUAGAAGACGAAGCCUCUGACACCACAGAUCCGGCAAGGCGUGGACCUAAAUAGGAUCUUGUGCAUUUUUUUAGUCGAUAGAUACCUCCACAACAGUGUCCAAGAAAAUAUGGCUCUGUUUAUACAGCAUCUUUACUUGCUAUUUUGCAGAUGUUUUAAAGGAUGGGUAUAAACAGAUGAAUUUACUGUUUUAUUGUAUGUUAAUUAUCAUA